AUGGCCUCUCCCGGUCCCGGCACGGCGUCUACCGUCACGUCGUCGUCGGCCGGCUCGGAGGCGACACGGGCGCCGCCUGCGGCGCUGACGGAGGAGAGGAACCGCAAGCGCAAGGAGUCGAACCGGCUAUCCGCGCAGCGGUCGCGCGCGCGCAAACUGCUGCAGCUGAUCCAGUACAUGGACGCGGCCGCCGCCAUGGGUGCUUCCUCCAUCCCGCUCGCCGGCGUCAACGGCAACGCCUUGCCCCAGCAGCCGAUCCUGCAAACGGAGUUGUACUGCAACUACUCCUACUACUGCUAG